CUUGUGGCGUCUCCUCUCUAUCUGUCCAGAACAACACAAUGAUCUGAUUUUAAAUCUCGGGACAGGAAAUGAGGCUUCUUUGACAGAGCUUCUGUACCUGCGAUCCCCUCCAUAAAAAGCUGGUUUCAGGAGUUAUCAGUGUCUGUGACGUCAUGUCUGUGGUCAGAACCUUGUGCUGUUUGCUCAUAAUUUACCACCUCAGCGAGGGAAAGAAAAUCAGGGGAAGCAGAGCAGAUGUGUGGGACCCAGCUGUCCUGGGGGUGAAGGAGCCACAUGUCAGCAGGUCAGUCUUCAGGCUGUUUGUAGGAGGUGAGGACACCUGCACGCUGGACCUGCUGCAGCUGCAAACUCUCACCUCCUGUGGCUUCAACAGCAGUAAUCCCCUCAUCAUCAUCACUCAUGGGUGGUCGGUGGAUGGUUUGAUGGAGAGCUGGGUGUUCAGGAUGGCCACAUCGCUCAAGACAAACCUCAUAAACGUUAACGUGGUGAUCACCGACUGGAUGUCUCUGGCUCGACAGCAUUAUCCUUUAGCUGUUCUGAGCACCCGCACCGUGGGGAAAGACAUAGCUCACCUGCUGCAGAAACUUCAGGAAAAGUACGAGUAUUCAGCUAGAAAGGCUCAUCUGAUUGGCUACAGCCUGGGGGCUCAUAUAUCUGGAUUUGCUGGAAGUUACCUGGUUGGUUCAGAGAAGAUCGGCAGAAUUACAGGUCUGGAUCCAGCAGGGCCUCUGUUUGAAGGCAUGUCCCCCACAGACAGACUGUCUCCUGACGAUGCAGAGUUUGUGGACGCCAUCCACACCUUCACGCACGAACGUCUGGGCCUCAGCGUGGGCAUCAAGCAGGCCGUGGCACAUUAUGACUUUUACCCCAACGGAGGAGACUUUCAGCCCGGCUGUAACCUGCAAAAUAUCUACGAGCACAUAAGCGAGUACGGGAUUUCUGGCUUUGAACAGACGGUGAAAUGUGCUCAUGAGCGCUCCGUGCACCUUUUCAUCGACUCUCUGCUGAACAAAGACAAGCAGAGCACGGCCUACACGUGCAGCGACAACAAGGCCUUCGUCAGAGGGGUCUGCUUGGACUGCAGGAGGAACCGCUGCAACACACUGGGCUACAACAUCAAGAAGGUCCGCACAGCCAGAAGCAAGCGGCUCUACCUGAACACUCGAUCCCGCAUGCCUUUCAAACUCUACCAUUACCAGUUCAGGAUCCAGUUCAUCAAUCAGACGGAGCGAGUUGAGCCCACUCUCACCGUCUCCCUCACAGGAACGAAAGAGGAGAGUGGAGACCUCACCAUCACCAUUGAUGAAGGCAUUUCUGGAAACACGACCUUCACCUUCCUGAUCACGCUGGACAGAGACCUGGGGGAGCUGAUGCUGCUCACGUUAAGCUGGGAGGGGUCGGACUUGUGGAAGAGCGUGUGGAACCGGGUGCAGACCAUGUUUCCUUGGGGUGGCCAGGAAAAGAAACCACAGCUGACUUUGGGAAAAAUCAGCGUGAAAGCAGGAGAGACGCAGCAGAGGACAUCUUUUUGUGCCAUGAACAAUGAACAACAAGUGGAAAUCGCUCAAGAUAAAGAGUUUGUUCGCUGCAAAGACGAGGAGUCGAAACGACGCAAACGAAAGCACCGUGUCCCCGAGUCUGUUCAGCAGACUGGUUGAUCUGUGACAAUAGUCACAGCUAGACGACACUUUCCCUCCUUGUUAUGAAGUGGUGCACGUGGAGGGUUAUUAAGAAGUGGUAACUGACUGCAGCAAGCACUGAGGACGACUUAAAGCUAAGUUAAACAAAAAAAAUCACCUAAU